AUGAUGCUUAAGUGCUUCACCUUCCUGCUACUCGUGGCUGCGGCCCAAGCUCUGACCUACGUCAUCAAGGAAGAGCCCAAGGCAAGCGAAACUGGUGCCCGUGCCAGUACUGUACCAGCUCCGACCCUGGAACACCUUAACACGUUCCUGGAGCCUUUCAUGGGCACCGCCAUUACAUGGAGCCCCGGCGAGGGAUCCAAUAAUAUUCUUGGAUACAAGGUGACGUCAUGGAUACAAUCCGGUUCGAACAACAUGUUCUCCCGGUACCAAGACGUGUACGCGUACGGACCCGGCCAGACCAUGGCGGUGGUCGCGCCCCUGUACCAGUACACCUGGUUCCGUUUCGUGGUACAGGCCUUCAAUAGCGAGGGGUACAGCGUGGAGUCCAACGCCUGGCGGGCAAUCAUCAUUUAAGGAGAAAGAUACAGUAGAAAGAGACAGAAGAAAGAAGAAAAUUAGGACAAUAUGUAUACAUAUUUUUUUAAACUUUCAUGGUCACUAACAUAAUUAUUAUUACAGACGGGAUUGCUACCAGGUACCAUAAUUUUGAGUUUCCGAUAUUUUCAGCACUGUUGCAAG